GAACCUAAGCAGUAUCGGUAGUGUAAGUUGCGGUGAUUAUAAAAAUACCUCUUCAAAUUAUAAGGUGGUGGUUAAUCGAUUCGCUUAUAUUGGGCAUUGGACCGAAAAAUUUGGGAUUAGGAGUCCUUUCCAUGCAGGCGUCUUUGGAUCCAUCAGUCGGUCCCCAAAUAUACAUAUGGAUGCAAGAUAUGGAUUUCUCUAUCGACUGAAAACAGAUGUCAAAACACAGACAGCUGCCAAAACAAAGCAAGAAAAAUAAAUAAAGAAUAAACAAUUAAAGAUAAAAUGGAUGCAAAAGUUCAAAUGGUGAAGAAAAUAAUUAUGUCGAGGAGGUUGUUGGCCACAACUAGGGUGAGUGAAGAGGCAAAAGUAUGUUACGGCAUCUCCAGGAUAAGCAUUUGCUGAUUUUGGAGGAAUUGGAUCUUUUGUAUGCUUUGAACGAAUCACUUGGCUCCGGAAGAAGAUUAAUUUGGAAAAAAGAACGAACUCAAUCCUUCUUUGAGAAAGAUUGUCAGAAAGGAGAUGAAGUUUUUUUUAAAAACAACUUCAGAAUUAGCCGACAACUUUUUUAUAAAUUAUGCGAACUACUGCCAGAUCUGCGAAAAAGUGAUACAAAUAUGCGAGAAACGAUACCAUUGGAAAAACGAGUUGCUAUAGCUCUAUAUGCUCUAGGGCCAUCUUCCGAGUAUCGCACAAUCGCAAAUAUGUUUGGCGUGGGAAAGGCAACCGUAUGCAAAAUAUUAUUGGGUUUUUGCAAUGAGGUCUGGAGAGUUUUGGCUCCAAUAUAUUUAAAAAACUUCCCGUUGACAGAAGACAAAAUUAAAGGCUUGGUGCAAGAGUUUGAAGCAUAUGGAUUUCCCCAAUGUAUGGGAGCACUUGAUGGAUGUCAUAUUGAGAUUCACCCACCCAAUGAAGACGCUACAGACUACCACAACUAUAAGGGAUGGUAUUCAAUCGUACUGCUAGCAUUGGUGGACGCCAGAUGUCGUUUUAUAUAUGUUAGCUCCGGCAGCCCAGGACGCUGCAACGAUUCUCAAAUUUUUCAGACAUCUUCUCUAAAGCAACAAUUGGAUGAAUGUGUUCUUUCUUUUAAGCGAAUUGAAAAAAAACUAUUUCCGAUGUUGAUGUACCGGUUUUUAUAAUUGGGGACUCGGUAUUUCGGUUAAGUGACAAGCUAAUGAAGCCGUAUCCGUUUCAUAUUUCACAAAGCCGCAAACAAAAGCUCUUCAACUACAGAUUAUCUAAAUCUCGCAGAGUAGUGGAAAACGUAUUUGGACACUUAAAGGCUCGUUUCAGGCGUAUUGGCAAAGGAAUAGAUAAAAUAAAUGAAAAGUGGAUGCAAGCUUUACAAGUUGUGGAAGCAAACCGUGCGUAUCCUGAAUAUGUAGCGGUACUAGCGGAACAACGAAACAAUCCAGAAAGUAUAAGAAACGCUAUUUCUUCUUAUUUGUCUCUAGCGGAAGUCGAUGGUGCCGGUGAAUCUUCCGACAUAUUUGGCGAUGGCAGCGGCGAAGCUAUAGUUAUGGGUGGUGAUGG